CAGAAUGAUUCAACUACUGGAGGAUGAGAGUGAGCGGUCGCGUUACUUUGCAAAUGAGCGUUUCCGGUAAACGGUCCGGUUGACUGAGGUUGUUUUUGCCGGAAUCUCCGAGCGUCACUACCACAGCCGUAUCUACAUGUGGUGUCUUUCACAUCAACGCAGCAUUUCUCUUUAAAAGGGUACGGGAGAGCAGGAACAAAAUACCUCACUACAAACAUGGGCCAAUCUGGGACUUCAUCCUAUUUUUCUCUCGUUCUAAAACUCAGCAUCUUCCUCUUAGUUUUCUCCUAUGAGCCCACGCCAGCCACUGCAGGCAGCUCCAAAUCAAGCUUAGAUGUAGAUGCUUCUAACGAAAACUCUACACACGAGACUUGCGGAGGUAGUUUUGAAUGCAAAGAGGGAGUGAUCUUGCCAAUUUGGACACCGGAGAACCCGUCCUUUGGGGAUAAGUUGGCCAGAGCCACUGUGUACUUCGUUGGUUUGGUCUACAUGUUCCUGGGUGUAUCCAUCAUUGCAGACCGCUUUAUGGCUUCCAUUGAGGUCAUUACAUCCCAGGAGAAAGAGAUCACAAUCAAGAAGCCUAACGGGGAAACCACAACCACUACUGUUCAUAUUUGGAAUGAAACUGUCUCGAAUCUUACUCUCAUGGCUCUAGGUUCCUCAGCCCCAGAGAUUAUGCUCUCCGUGGUUGAAGUGUGUGGGCACAACUUUGAUGCAGGCGAGCUGGGCCCAAACACCAUUGUUGGAAGCGCAGCUUUUAAUAUGUUUGUCAUCAUCGGUUUCUGUGUCUCUGUGAUACCGGAAGGAGAGCAUCGGAAGGUCAAGCACCUGCGGGUGUUCUUUGUCACCGCCACUUGGAGUAUAUUUGCAUAUAUAUGGCUUUAUCUGAUCUUGGCAGUGAUUUCCCCAGGUAUCGUGGAAGUCUGGGAGGGACUCCUUACGCUCUUCUUCUUUCCAAUUUGUGUCAUAUUUGCUUGGGUUGCAGACCGCAGACUUUUAUUCUACAAGUACUUGUACAAACGCUACAGAGUCGGAAAACAAAGGGGAAUGAUCAUCGAGACUGAAGGUGAGCCGGAGCUCCAGUCAAAGGCGGAUAUUGAAAUGGAUGGCGGGAUGCUUAACUCUCACGGUGAUGAAAUCUUAGAUGGCACGGUGGAUACUGAAGAUAAAGACAUGGAUGAGGAUAAGGCCAGAAGAGAAAUGGCCAGGAUUUUGAAGGAACUGAAACAGAAACAUCCAGAAAAAGAGAUGGAGCAAUUGGUUGAGCUCGCCAACUACCACGUCCUCAGCCAGCAACAGAAGAGCCGUGCGUUCUAUCGCUGCCAGGCCACUAGACUUAUGACCGGUGCGGGUAAUAUACUAAAAAAGCAUGCUGCAGACCAAGCCAGAAAAGCACUAGGCAAUCACGAACUUCGAUCGGAAGUCUCAGAUAAUGAUAUUUCCUCUAAGAUCUUCUUUGACCCUGGUACAUAUCAGUGUCUCGAGAACUGCGGGACUGUGGCUUUGAAUGUGGUACGACGUGGCGGUGACUUAACUAGCACUGUGUCAGUGGAGUACCGCACUGAGGACGGCACUGCCAAUGCAGGCUCUGAUUACCAGUUCACCGAGGGUGUUAUAGUCUUCAAACCAGGUGAGACAGAAAAGGAGAUAAGAGUGGACAUCAUUGACGAUGACAUUUUUGAAGAAGACGAACACUUCCUGGUUCAUCUCCUCAACGUCAAGGUCAUUUCUGAAGGAACCGACAAUGAGAAAGGCGGCAAUCAUGUGGACACAAUAGCUAGUCUUGGCCUUCCUUCAACAGCUACUGUGACUAUCUUUGACGAUGACCACGCUGGCAUCUUCACAUUUGAGGAACCAAUUGUUCAUGUCAGUGAAAGCAUUGGUAUGAUGGAGGUGAAGGUGGCACGUACCUCUGGAGCUCGUGGAGUAGUGGUAAUCCCUUAUAAAUCCAUUGAAGGCACAGCAAAAGGUGGAGGAGAGGACUUUGAAGAUACCCAUGGAGUCUUGGAGUUCCAAAACGAUGAGAUUUCGAAGACCGUAAAGGUUAAAAUUCUUGACCAUGAGAAGUAUGACAAGCAUGCAAACUUCUUCAUAGAGCUGCAGGAGCCAAAAUGGAGGAGGAGGGGAUGGACAGAGGACGGGGAAGAGGAGAACCUGACUAAAAAAGAGAAGGAUGAGAGGCAUAUUGCUGAAAUGGGUCGACCGACACUGGGUGAACAUGUGAAACUUGAAGUAAUCAUUGAGGAGUCCUAUGAGUUUAAGAGCACAGUCGACAAACUCAUAAAGAAAACCAACUUGGCCCUUUUGGUUGGUACUAACAGUUGGAGAGACCAGUUUAUAGAAGCCAUUACUGUCAGAUCAGGGGAAGAUGAUGAUGAUGAGUGUGGGGAAGAAAAAAUGCCAUCUUGCUUUGACUACGUCAUGCACUUCCUGACUGUGUUCUGGAAGGUUCUGUUUGCAUUUGUGCCACCCACUGAUUACUGGAAUGGCUGGGCGUGUUUCAUCGUGUCCAUCAUCAUGAUUGGUGUCCUCACUGCAUUCAUUGGAGACCUGGCAUCCCAUUUUGGAUGCACUAUUGGCCUGAAAGACUCUGUAACUGCAGUUGUGUUUGUGGCGCUGGGAACCUCUGUGCCAGACACAUUCGCUAGUAAGGUGGCAGCCAUCCAGGAUCAGUACGCUGAUGCCUCCAUCGGCAAUGUGACUGGCAGCAACGCUGUGAACGUCUUUCUGGGCAUUGGAUUGGCCUGGUCCAUCGCUGCCAUAUUUCACCAGGCACAUGGCCAGUAUUUCAGAGUGGACCCCGGCACGCUGGCAUUCUCCGUCACCGUUUUCACCAUCUUUGCCUUCAUCUGUAUUUCCGUCCUCAUGUACCGCCGCCGGCCCGAGAUCGGAGGGGAACUGGGUGGCCCGCAGACUCCCAAAAUCCUAACCACAACAUUGUUUUUCAGUCUCUGGCUGAUGUACAUCAUCUUAUCCUCCAUGGAGGCCUAUUGCAUCAUCAAGGGUUUCUAAACCAGGCACGAGAUGAUGCCACAGACAGGAUGCUGUCGUUAACAUCCUCGUAUAUGUAGGACUGACUGGAGGAAAGGGUUCAAAAGCAGCCGUAGACGAUAGCAGGUGUUUUAUUGUGCGUUUUUGUGUUGCCCACUAUUUUAUGUGUGAAUACACAUUUUUCUGCUGUUGAGGUAAA